AUGGCGGCCUUUGAGCAUCCCCUGACCGACCCGUACCUCUCUCUGAUCCACCAGUCUCGCAUCGGAGCCUCGGCAUCCCGCCCGCAGCGGUCGCAACCCUCUCCGAUGGCUUCCGACUCGGCGGCGGCCGCCGUCGGCCCAUCGCCGCGCAGGCCCAGCGACUCGAACCCGGGCGCGGCACUGCUCAGCUCGUCGGCCCAGACACCCUCGACGUCGGUGGCAGCCUCGGCCUCGCUCGCCGCCUCGUUCGAGCCCCUGUCGUCGGCCGAGGUCCUAGAGCGCGUCCCCUCGUCGGUGGUGCGCGUGCUGGCCGCCCUCGGCCCCGCCAUCAGCCUCACCAACCGAUUCAUACGCCUCGCAACAUGGACCGGCGGGCCGGGCUCUGGCGGCUCCUCGAUGCUCCUCCUAGUCGGAUGGUGGCUCGUCUGCGCCUUUGGCUACGAGGUGCUGCGGUACGCCCCCCAGGCCCUCGUCCUCGCCUACAUCGCAUAUACCUGGACCCGCAAGCAGCUCGGCGCCGCCAGGCCGUCAAAAGGCGCCAGGAGAAUCUACGACCGCCACGACGUCGUAUCCGCCGCCAGGAUCAACGCCAUUCUCCUCGAACUCUCGGAGCUGGCCGACUUUUUCUCGGUCGCCAGGCGUUCGGUGCUCGUGCCCACCAUCCAGCUGCUCUCCUGGGAUCCUUCGCCCAACAAUACCAAGGCGGUUGCCGCCUUCCUCGUCUUGACAUGGCCCCUCUGGCUCCUGGCGUUCCUGCCCUGGGACGACCUCAAGCUGCCCAGGCUCCUGCUGCCCGUCUCGGGAUCUGCCAUCCUCGGCUUCCUGGCUGCAGCAGCGGCCGGAGCAAGGGACUUUGCGCUGCGGCUGAUGGGGUCCGAUCGGGCCGCUGCCCUGUCGCACCAGCUCGACCCCCUGCUCGCAAGCUGGGACCGUCUGGCCGGCGUCGUCCACCGAACUCCCUUGCCCACCGUCUACCGCGCCGUCCUGUCGACACUCGGUCUGCUGCGCCUCGACAGGUGCACCGACUUUUCCGUCCGGCUGCUGCCACCUUAUCCGAUCGCGGCGCUCUCGGUCCGAUCCCUCAUGUUCCUCGGAGGCACCCUCGCCCUCACGUGGUGCUCGCCCUGGUGCGGCCUCAUCAGGCAGGCCGUCUGGAAGAGCGCCACGAUCCGCCGCGCCGCUCGAGGCAUCGGCCGCAUCCUCAGCGGCCAGCGUCCCUUCCGGGAUGCAUGGGGCAGGGGCAAGCUCGACGAUGACGAUCUCGCCAGGGACGCCGUCUCCGAAGACUCCCUCCUCCGUUCAUCUGCGAUCCCCGCCGACGUCGCCAAGAAGGGCCCGCAGCAGGCGGUCGAGGCCCAAAAGGCCGCGGCCGUCUCGCCACAGGAAGAGACUGGCUUCACGCGCCACGAGGAUGUCAUCUACCAGUUUUCGAUCUUCGAGAACCAGCGCUGGUGGGUCGGCCUCGACUGGACGGCUGCGCUGCUGCCCCAGGAACGGCCCAGCUGGUCCGACGAGUCCAACAACCCCGUCUCGCCGCCCUCGUCCUUCAGCCUGCCCCCGGCUCGCAUCACGCUGACGCCGUCGCCGACUGCGGCCAACCCAAAGGCGUUCCAGCGCCGCACGGUAAAGUGGCAGUGGCUCGACCCGGAGUGGACCGUGGCUGGCAUCAGCCAUUCGUCGUUCCCGUCGACCACGUCGGCCGCGUUCAAGGGCAGCGCAAAGGAGGCCGCCAUCGCCAGCGCCAAGAGCACGGGCGACGCCGAGGCCAUCGCGGCAGCCAAGCAGGGCUACAUCGGCGACGCGCUCAGCCGCAUCCGCAGCGCCCGCUCGCUGCCCUCUUCGCCCGCGUCGUCCUCGGAAAAGGCUGGCUCGUCGGCUGCGGCCACCCUGACCAGCAGCGGCGGACCGUUGGCGUUCGAGGAGGACGAGGACUGGGACGUCGAUGCGGAUGGUUGGCAGUACGGAGACAAUGCAUGGGACAAGAUGAGCAAGAAGGCCGGCCUGGGACGCUACACGCGCAGGAGGAAGUGGGUGAGGCGGGCGGUGCUGAUUGAGCUGGUGGAGCGGGGUGUCGAUGGCCCCGCAACGCCCGGCGGAGACAAGGCGAGCGCCAAAAAGGCCGUCGACGGGUCCAGCCCCGUCGUGCGCCCGAGCAACGGGUCGCAGACCACCGCAGCCGGCGCCAAGGGCGAAGAGGCCCAUGGCGUCAGCGACCGGGCCGAUGUGGCCAGCCCGACGGCCGCGUCUGCCGGUCUGAGCGUCGACGUCGACAAGGCCGCCUCGUCGUCGUCUGCGGCAGCGUCGCCGGACGUGGCCGCCCUGGGCGACAUCCCCUCGCCAGCCUCGCCCGGCUCGCCCACUGCGGGCCGAGCGGAUCUCAAGUCGCGCCUGGCCAAAGCGGCCCACUCGUGA